UUAUUAUUAUUUCAAAAAGAUUUUCGUAACUUUUUAGCAAUAUUUCAGAAAAGCUGCAAAUUUCUUAGGGCCGAUUGUUCUAAGUAUUAGGUAGCUUACCUGAUGGUUAAAAAGUAUAGUAUACGUAACACAUACUACCCAGAUAGCACAGGUGAUCCAUAUGAACUCAAAAAGAAUUCACUUUUUUAAAUUUUUUAUGAAUUACUUUAAUCUAUUCCAAAUGAACUCAAAUGUAGUUCUUUCCGGUAGUUCAAAAAGGACUCCAUAGAAGUAUACCUUUUGACUUCUUAUAGGAUUAAAUUAAAGUAUUCUGAAGGAAGUCCUUUUCUUGUUCAUAAUGGGUUCGAAUAGAAUUCCUUUUUGGUGUACUCAUAUAUCAUCGCACAUCUGGCGGCUGAAAAUCGAAGUAGUUCUGUUUGGGACGUCGAUCGUGCGAAACGUCUUCUAACCUAGAAGGACAUUUUUUGAUCGAGUGAAACGCCGGUCGCCGGCGUGGCUCUCAGGUUUAUCUCUGAGAGAGAUAUUAGAGAACAUUGAUAAUACAUACGUUAUAUUGAAACAUUUGCUGUUACAUUAUUGUAUGUGCUCUGGAACUGUUCAGUUAUUUCGAGACACUUCUGGCAGAGGACGAGGAAUGUGGGCAGUGCUUUCGACAAUUUCGCAGCUUGUGCACGAUCCUUAUUUUAGUGCCGAUGGAGGGUAUUAUCGGUGACAGUGCCAAAAGUAUACAAAGUAUUGUCGACCGCGACACGAACGUUGCGUGGAAGAAGUACGGAUACGCGGGAGGUCUUCGAUGGAAUGCGAUCAGUGCCGCAGAGAUAUUCGAGCCUGUGCUCGCUUACUGGGAAAAGCGCGUUGACACCGACAAGAGCAUGCUCGAGCGUUUGCUUGACACUGGCGUCUUGCUGGAACUAAUGAAUUUGUACACAUGAACAGAGAUGAAUUUUAUUCCACGCACGUGUCGGUCAAGUGCAAGUCGUGCCUGGGCAAACUCUGUACAGUUAAGAGGGACUUGUACAACGCCGUAGUGAUGAAAUGCAGAUUCGUCAGUCUAGUAUUUGCAUCUCUCGACUCGACGGAGUCGAACCGAGCCCUACAGAUUCUGAGAGCUUCAGAUGGGUGCACAUUAAGAAAAUUACGCCCAAAGAAGUCGCAAGCUUAGCUACGCUGGACUGCUUGACCAGUGAUGAAGAUGAGAUAAAGAGCGAACUUGGACUUUCAAUCGAUAUCUCUAAGUACGACGUUACCGCGUUGUGUCUGCGUAAAGUCAAAAGUUUACUGGAGGAACAGGUCGCAUUUGCAAACGGCGUGGCAGCGGUUCUGGAAAAAUUGAGGAAGCUACAGCCGAGUGAUCAAUAUGCACACACGGUGCAGUUAUUAGGGUAUUAUUCUUAGGUUUCAAUUACAAGAGCUCUAUUCUGGAGUACCACGAACAAGCUAUACACGAUUUGAAGCAGAAAAAGUCGAACUCCGUAGCUGUUCUGUGCUUGGAAGCUAAUUUAAGUCUUUUUACCUUUGCAGAGAACU